AUGGGCACGUCUCCGAUUAAGAGGGAGGAAAUUGAUUCUGCUAAGUGGAUUGUUGGUAAACGUGGAGCCUCGCAUGGGGUCUAUAUCACAGAGUCCGGUACGGUGGUCAAAUAUGGACAUCAUGUACAAGCUGAACGAGAGGCUCGAGCGAUGAGCUUUGUCUGUAGGGCCUGUCCGCAGGUUCCUGUGCCAGAAGUGCUUGGCUGGUGGGAAGAAGGAGAAGGUGAGGACCGCGUGGGACAUUUGGCGAUGUCGUUUAUUCCGGGGGAUAUGCUCAUUAAAAGUUGGCCGACCAUGGAUCAAAUGCAGCGGGAUAGUAUCCUAAAGGAUCUAGAGGAAAUAUUGCGUCAACUACGGACACUCCGUGCUCUGUCAACAGCUGUGAUCGGUCCAAUUGACGGUACGAGUCCCGCUGCCGAUGUUCGAGGCAGCCAUACUGAAUAUGGCGGCCCUUUUAAGGCUGAGUCCGACCUCAAUGAAUGGCUGGUCUCCCUAAUACAUCCGGACUCGACGCGGUUCUUCGGUUCAUUCUAUGUUGAAACAACCCGGAAUAGUUUAAUGAGUAACCACCAACUACGAUUCACACACGGAGACCUCGGCAUGCAUAAUAUACUGGUUGACAAGGGGCGGAUUACAGCGAUUAUUGAUUGGGAGUAUUCAGGGUGGUAUCCGGAGUACUGGGAAUAUGUGAAAAUGAUUCAGUUUUCGCGGGAUACGGUCUUCCGGUGUUUUGGGAGAGAGUGCUGGAGGGAUGAGGAGGGGAAGCGGGUGGUUUAUGAUUUGGAGUUUGUGAUUGAUCAGAUGCUGGAUGGCCAGGCGAGAAAUGGGCAGAGGGUUAUCAAGCGUCCUCGAUAG